AUGCGCGCCCCGCCCCCUCUCACGCCGUGCGCCCCGCCCCCUCUCACGCCGUGCGCCCCGCCCCCUCUCACGCCGUGCGCCCCGCCCCCUCUCACGCCGCGCGCCCCGCCUCGCGCUCUCCCCACGUGCUCGCGUAGCGCGCCCAACCCCACUUGGUGCCCGCCUCCUCGCGCUGCGCAUUCGGCCCAUCACACCCCGCCUCCUCGCGCCUGCGCCCCGCCCCCACGGGCCGCAUCUCCGCCCCUGCGCCUUACCCACUGCGGCGUCUUGUCGCCCUCAGAUCUGCUCUGGCUUCCCACUGCAGCUGUACUGUGCCCUGUACUGGCUUGA